AAACUCAACUUCAUGUCACCAAUGUGUCACCUCAGGUGGUCUCUUGCCCUGCAUCUUUCCCUGUUGUGCUGGCUGGCCGCUGCCCUGCAGGUCUUCGAAGAGCGAGGCUCAGGAGGUCACCUGGACCUUAUGGAAUUAAUCGGUGUCCCUCUCCCUCCCUCCGUCUCCUUCACUCCUGGCUAUGAGGGUUUUCCUGCCUACAACUUUGGCCCCGAAGCCAAUAUUGGCCGCCUCACCAAGACCUUCGUGCCAGGGUCGUUCUACAGGGACUUUGCCAUCAUUGUCACGGUGCGUCCAGCCACUCAGAGAGGAGGCGUGCUCUUUGCCAUCACAGAUGCCCGUCAGAAGGUGGUGGAGCUGGGUUUGGCCCUCACUCCAGUGCGUGACGGCCUCCAGAGCAUCUUACUGUACUACACUGACAGAGAGCAAGCUUCACACAGCCACAAAGCUGCUGCAUUCAGUGUCCCAGACAUGACAGACCAGUGGACACGAUUCACGUUGGUUGUGGAGCAUGAUGAGGUCCGUCUCUACAUGGACUGUGGAGAAGCUGAGAGGGCUACUUUCCAUCGGAGACCAGACAGACUCACCUUCUCACACAAUUCAGGCAUUUUCGUAUCCAAUGCAGGAAACACAGGGCUCGACAACUUUGUGGGAUCCAUCCAGCAGCUGGUGAUAAAAGAUGAUCCCAGAGCAGCCGAGGAGCAGUGUGAAGACGAUGACCCUUAUGCCUCGGGUUACACCAGUGGAGAUGACACUCUGGAUGACAGAGAAUCGGAGGAGGAAAUGACAAAGGAAAGAAAACAUGACAUAGCACAGGAGGAGGACAGUGUUCCGGUCAGAGCUCCACCUACUGAGGCUCCGGAGGUCGACCUCGAUGAGUACUCUGGUCAUCAGACCCCAACAGUUUCCGGUGGAGAAAUGCUGAUAAGAGGGCCCCACCAGACAGAGGAGCCAGGGGAGAGACCGGGAGAGGGGCACGUCAGGCAUCGCAUCAAAGGAGAGCGUGGAGAGCGUGGAGAUCCUGGACCCAGAGGCCCACCUGGUCCCCCGGGUCCCACCCUUCUACCUGGGCACCCUCUGCCUGGACCAAGGGGGACUCAAGGACCACCAGGUCUCCCUGGAUCAACAGGACUGCCUGGCAGAGAUGGACAAAAGGGAAGCAAGGGUGAUAAAGGAGAUCCAGGUCAGAGAGGAACUCAGGGAUUUCCAGGUUUGGCUGGAGAAGCUGGAGCAAAAGGAGAGAAGGGGGACCCAGGAGUUGGUUUACCGGGCCCUCCUGGCCUCCCUGGACCUCCUGGCCCCCCGAGAUCACGCAGUGUACCAUAUGGAGCAGAUGCCCUGGGUUCUGGGUUUGAGGACCUGGACAGCGACACUGAACUCAUCAGGGGUCCUCCCGGUCCACCAGGGCCUCCAGGACCUCCUGGUCCCGCAGGACCCAACCUGUCAUCAUCUGACACAGCUUCAGGCCUCUCUCCAGGGCAUGCUGGACCACCUGGUGCCCCUGGGAGAGACGGGCUGCCAGGCAAACCUGGAAUACCAGGUCCAGCAGGAAAAGAUGGGGUUCCAGGUCUACCAGGAACUGUGGGAGCGAAGGGUGACCAAGGGUUACCUGGGCCAUCUGGACCAAAGGGUGAAUGUGGAUCUGUGGGUACAGCAGGGUCCUCAGGGCAACCAGGGCCUUCUGGUCCACCAGGGAAGAGAGGCCCAUCAGGCCCCCCAGGACCCCCUGGACCCCCUGGACCUCCAGGAACCAAAUUCUUUGUAGAGGAUAUGGAGGGAUCUGGAAAGAGUGAUAUGCUCAUCGGAGCUGGGGUCAGAGGCCCACAGGGUCCUCCUGGCCUACCUGGCCCUCAGGGACCUAAGGGUGAGGAUGGAGUCAUCGGUGCUCCAGGACUCUCUGUCAAGGGCGAGCCAGGAGACCCAGGACCAGAGGGUCUUCAGGGGCCUGCUGGACUACCAGGUGCUCGGGGGGCCAAAGGUGAAAAAGGCAGUCCAGGACCCAAGGGUGAUCGAGGUGUUGAUGGACUCAGUGUCCCAGGACCAGCUGGGCCUCCAGGACCUCCUGGAUCUAUCAUGAAUCUGCAGGAUGUGCUCCUCAAUGUUACAGAUGGUAUCUUCAACUUCACAGAGAUCAGAGGACCACCAGGGCCAAUGGGCCCUGAGGGCUUGCCUGGCAGAGCUGGAUUUCCUGGCCCCAGGGGACCAAAGGGAGACGUAGGCCUUCCAGGAGUCCGGGGGCCAGCAGGGUUCAAGGGAGAGAAGGGAGAGCCAGGGGUGACCAUAGCUGCUGAUGGAUCCAUUUUAUCAGCUCCAAGAGGCCCCCAGGGGCCCAAAGGCAUCAAGGGUGACCGUGGGUUCCCUGGACCUGCUGGACUUAUGGGCCCAAUAGGACCAUCUGGACAAAAAGGAGAAUAUGGCUUCCCCGGUCGCCCAGGACGACCUGGUAUGCCUGGGAGGAAAGGUGAAAGAGGAGACUCUACUGGCCAACCGGGGCCUCCAGGCCCUCCAGGCCCACCUGGACUUCCAGGAAGAAUUCUUGGACUGAACGGAACAGUGUUUCCGGUGCGCCCCAGACCGCACUGCAAAAAGGGACGAGAGUCAGGGACAUGGGGACUUAAAGGAGACAAAGGAGAUGUGGGACUACCUGGAGAACCAGGCACACCUGCACCCGUGUUUCCAGAUGGAAUCGUGGGUGCUAGAGGUGAUCAGGGAUAUACAGGUCAGAAGGGAGAGAAGGGUGACAGCGGGCCGCCCGGUCCUCCAGGACUGCCUGGGAGGUCAGGACUUGUGGGUCCAAAAGGUGAAUCCAUCGUGGGUCCUGAAGGGCCUGUAGGCUCUCCGGGCCGACCUGGACCUUCUGGGCACGGACGUCCUGGACCUCGAGGGCCUCCUGGCCCUGCUGGUCCCCCAGGACCUGCAUAUGGAGAUGUCAGUAUCCCUGGACCUCCUGGCCCCCCCGGACCACCAGGACCUUCAGGUUAUGCCAGCCCGGUGACCACCUAUAAGACACUACAUGCUCUGAGCAGAGAUACUCACCGGGCUGCAGAGGGAACGUUGGUUUAUGUGUCUGAGAAGGGAGGAGAGCUGUACAUCAGAGUACGCAAUGGCUUGCGCAAGAUCCAGCUCGGUGAAUUGAUCCAAAGUGGAGCCUCCUCCACAGCGGCAUCUCAGGCCCUCAGCAGACCUGGAGACUGGAGCAGACCACACAGGGCCCACAGCCAGGAGCUUCAGGAGGGCAGCAGAGGAUAUCAGCCCAGCUUUCAUGUACUACCACAGACCUUCAACGCUGUUCCUGGGCUCCACCUGGUAGCACUGAACACUCCGCUGAAGGGGGACAUGCGUGGCAUCCGGGGGGCAGACUUCCAGUGUUACCAGCAGGCACGCUCUAUGGGGCUAACGGCCACCUACAGGGCCUUCCUGUCCUCACACCUGCAGGACCUGGCAACCAUUGUGAGGAAGACGGACCGCACCAACAUGCCCGUGGUUAAUCUCAGGGGUGAAGUGUUGUUCGAUAGUUGGAUGUCCAUCUUCUCUGGGAAUGGAGGCAUUUUUAACCCGUCCACACCCAUCUACUCCUUUGACGGGCGCAACGUGAUGACUGACUCAGCAUGGCCAGAGAAGGUGGUCUGGCACGGCUCCAGUGCAGUAGGCAUCCGCCUGACCACUAACUACUGCGAGGCAUGGAGGACAGCUGACAUGGCGGUGACGGGCCAGGCUGCACUGCUGCAGACGGGACGACUGUUAGGACAACACACCCACUCCUGCUCCAACCACUACAUAGUGCUGUGUAUAGAGAACACGUACGUGGGGAACACACAUCAAAGGAGGACCUGAAGACGGAGAGCAAACACACACACGGACACACUCACCAACACACAUGCAGGCAUGCUGAAAUCGCAGAGUAGAUAACGCAACAUAGUGCACAUUUGAAUUUGAAUGGAAGACACGUGCAGGCACAUACACUUGAUAUGAUGACAUGUCACUGCAUAGAAAUGACAAUAACACAGAUUUAGGCACUUGUAUUCGUACAUGCAGAUAAAAAAAUAUACACAUGCAGAAGGAGACAGCAACACUAAAUGAACACAACACAUGCAAAACACACAUUUCAGUUCCUUUAACUUUUAGUUUCCUCUUUAGUGCCGUGUAUAAUCCAGCAGUCUCUAAUGUUGCCAUGCAUCCGUCCCAGCCCAGAUCAAAGUUAUCUGUAUUCACUGUGAACAUGAAACAACAUUAGGACUUGGAGAGAAUGUGUUAUUGAAGUAAGAGACAUCAGCAGAACUGAAUAACUUUACAGACCAUACCAGUGUUUUAUCUCCAUCACUACAAAACCUUCUCAGUUACAUUCUUAUUGAUUGUUUCCAAAUGGAGUAUUUUUUUCAACGGUGCCAUGCAGCCAUUGGUUUCUAUGUGUUUCCCAACAGUACCAACAAUCUUAAAACCAGUUUGUGAACGUCAGGUUUACAUAACUUUUUGUUCAGUGACAUGUUUCUGGUGUGAUGCAUUACUUGGAUUCAAAACAAGAACAUAUUCUGACAAAAGUAAUGUUUAAUGUUGACUGUGACAUAUUAAACACCUUAAAGGCCCUUAAAGGUAGGUUUUAGUGGCAUCCAGCAAUGAGGUUUCACAGUGCAACCAACUGAACACCCCUUGUCUCACCCUUAAAAAAGCAAAAGGCCCUCUGUAGAGUCAGUGUUUGGUUUGUCCAUUCAAGGCUACCGUAGAAACAUGGCACUGCAACACUGUGGACUCCAGGGAAUAGGACAUGUGUCCUCUGUAGAUAAUAAAAGCUUGUUUUAAGGAUAUUGGUGCAGAAAGAUUGUUAGUUUCUGGUGUUUUACAACAAUCAUGUUACAUUUCUGAAAGUAGAUCCCCAUAAUUCCAACACACUGGACCUUUAAACAAGGCCACCAAAUUAUUUUCAUAUAGGGAAAGCCAUGGACACUUGGCUAUUUAGAACAAAACUAAAUACAUUACAUUUUCUUAAUGGCUGUGAUAUAAAAUAUGCAGCAUGAGUAAUGAUUUAUAGUAAGUGGGUUAAAAACUUGGCAAACUGUUGGUGUACAUCCAUGUUCAAGUUCCUUUGCAGGGAAACAAGGUAUUGUAGUCUUUAGUGAUCUUUUUUAAUGGAACUGAAUCUUUGGUUAAAAAAAAAAAAAAAAAAAAGGUCCAGUUACUUAUCUCAGUCUCCGUACCGAACAUGACAGUAUUGUAGAUUAGAACCAAGUGCUACCGGUGUCCGAAGACUAUAUUUACACUGCAGGUUGUGAAUGUUGACUCACCAGCAUUGUUUACCUUAUGUUGCAUUUAUUUAUCAGUUUAGUGCAUUACUAAUUGGCUUCACAUAAUCCAGUAUCCAAAUCAGGAUAAUAUAGAUGUUGUUUUCCUGUAUUCUGCUGAACUUUGGUCCUGCUACUCGCAAAAAAGUGAUUUGACCUAGUCUCACCAUUAACCUCAGUGCUUUAGUGUUCGUAUUAAAGUUUAAAUCAAUGUGUGGUUUUCAUUCAUUUAAACAGUAGCAGGACAUAGUGUGGGAAUCUAGUGAGUUCACAUUGACAUUUUGAUGAAGUUGGAACGUGUAUAUGUACAGUAUAUAUGUUAUUAUUGUCCAGAUGUUCUUGUUUUUUACUCUGUAGAGGUAGAUUUUGUAUGACGCACACUAAACGACUGCAGAUUUUCGAGAUGUAGUUCUGCUUGUAAAGAUGACAUAGGCCUGGAUGAAAAGGCACACAGUGUUUAAAAUGUUACGAUUGUUCUGAGUUAGUUGUCCUGAUGUCUGAUUAUGUUACUGUUCAAACAAAACUUGAGCUUCUGAGGAAAAAGAACAUUUGUACUGACAGAUUGGUGCUCACUGAAUAAAUGUCUUAUUUUGUGCUUUUUUAAAAAAAAUAAAUAAAUAGGUGACUCCUUUAGUGUCCUU